ACCUACUAUUACUUGCAUAUCUAGUCCUGGAAUUGGAGUGUGUAGUCCACCAUAGUCAUGGAACUACAAGGUCCAGUUCCGGUAGGAACAAGAUUCCACGCUGCUUCGGGACAUUUGGGUACCAUCAAGUACGUCGGUCCUGUUGACGGUACCCCGGGCAUCUGGUAUGGUGUCGAAUGGGAUGAUCCCAACCGCGGCAAACACGACGGCGUGAAGGAUGGCCGCCGAUACUUUACAUGCCUUGUGCCCAAUGCUGGAUCUUUCAUACGGCCGUCGAAAUCAUUAAACUUUGGUUGCACGUUCCUAGCUGCCCUUUCCGCUAAAUACAUCGACGAAACACACGACGCCUCAGGCAGCGAAAAAAUCAUCCUUGGAUCUUCGAAUGGUGCCAUCGAAGUCGAGGCAGUUGGAUUCGACAAAGUUCGAAGCAAACUUCGUGAUCUAGAUCGCCUUCGAGAGGUGAGUCUCGAUAACGAAAAGGUGGCGUUCAUGGACACACCUGGUCAAAUUCGUCGUUCUUGCCCAAAUGUCCGGGGGCUUGAUCUGUCCAAAAAUCUUUUGCCUAGUUGGAAUGUUGUAGCUGCUAUCACCGUCGAACUCCCGUGCCUGGAGAGAUUGAUCCUCAAUCAAAACCGCUUCCUACCACUUGGUAGCGGGCUCCUUGCCACGGCUUUCGAGCAUGUUGCGGAGCUUCAGUUGAAUGAUACACUGAUCACGUGGGCCGAGUUCAGAGAGGUGGUGUGUUUUAUGUCGGCCUUACGAGUCGCGGAGCUAGGCUAUAAUCGCCUCACUUCGUUAUCGCCAAAAUCGCCAAAACCUGCCCCUCCCAUUCAUGAUCUGAAUUUUGAUAUCAACGAACUCAAUGACUGGGCAAGCGUAGUCCCUUCUCUAUCAGAGUUUGUUGCAUUGCGACGUCUGGUUCUGUCGCGCAAUGGCAUCUGUACAAUUCCUCCACUCGGUCAAGAAUGCUCACCGUUGCAAAGUGUCCGAAGUCUUGCGUUGUCCGAAAAUCGACUCAAUGAUUGGCAAGAUAUAGAUAGACUGGCACAAUGGUAUCCCAGACUCGAGUCGUUGAACUUGGCUGGGAACCCUCUCACCGAAAGUAUGCUUAUUAUUCAUUCCCUUCAUAUUUUUUCGACGGGUCCCUUUCAAGACGGCAGGUUUGCUCGACAUUCUCGGCAAUUCGCCAUCGCAAAGAUACCGACUUUACUUGCACUAGAUGGCACUGCGAUAUGCGGGAGGGAGAGGGCGGAUAGUGAACUAUUCUAUCUUUCCUUCAUAUCCCGGAAUUUAUCUGGAAACGAGGAAGAAAUACGUUGCGCUCAUCCUCAAUGGACUGCAUUGUGUAACAAACAUGGAAGACCCUCGGAACGGUUGCCAGGAGGAGGGGACGACACCAAACUCAGCAAAUCACUCAUAAAUGUAAAUGUUUACCGAUGCCUUACACGCAAACCAACUCCACUUAAGACCUUGCCAACCACGAAGGUGGCAAUCUUCAGACUUCAGCUGAUGAAAACCUUGAAAUUGCCGCGUUCAGUGAGUCGAAAUAUGGUUGAAAUUUGGCUAUCUAUGGAAGACGGGUUUGUUGAAUUGUGCGACGACAGGCAUGACUUAGGUUGGUAUGGUAUCGAAAAUGGGUCAGAUGUAUUUGUUACAGUAAAUAGUACAGAACAGUGA